AUGAGUUCCGUUGGCGUCGCCCGCGUACCCGUAGCUGCUGUUUCCGCGCCCCUCUCUGCGGCCAUCACUGCCACUGUCCGCCCCGCCACCCCCGACGCGCGCGCUGCGAGCGUCGCGUCGCUUUGCUGGUCCAGCAGCAGUCACUCGCUUGUGGAGGCCAGCAACUGCCGCCGCGCGUCGGCAACAGCCUUAGUGCGAUCGACGUCGUUAGCUGCGGCACAGUCAUGCGCGGCAAGUGCGGCCAGCAUCGGCGGGGUCAUCAUCAGCGGCGCGGGGAGCAGCCGCGCACAGAGCGGUAACGCCGCGAGGCUGAGCCGCCAUGUCCCCUCGCAACUGGGCGAGCGCGAGAGCGCGUGCGAGCACCUGUGGCGCGAUCGCAACCGUCGCAUAGUGGACUUGCUGCUGUCGCUGCAGUCGUCCGUGGUGUGCCUGCAGGAGUUCUGGUUCGACGGCGGCGACCUGGAGCGCAUGUACGAGUCGCACCUGCAGGCCAGCGGCUAUACGCUUUACAAGCUGCCCCGCACUAACGCCCGCGGCGACGGGCUGCUCACCGCCGUCCGCACGAGCGCCGGCGCCAGAGGCGCGGAAAGUGCGGCGGAAGCGGCGGCGGGAAGCGAGGUGGUGAGCGUGGUGGACUAUGAGCCGAUUUUGUUCCACGACUGCGGCGACCGCGUGGCGCAGCUGCUGCGCUUGCGCGUCACGGGCGCGGGGGAGCUCCCGGAAGGGGAGGGACAGGCAGUGGAGAACUUCAGCGGUGAUGAUGUUGUUUCGGCGGAUACAGCAGCAGCAGCCGAUGCCGCAGCAGCGGCGGCAGAAGCAGGGCAGCAGCACGAGGUGCUGGUGAUAAACACGCACCUGCUGUUCCCGCACAACGCCAACUCGAGUGUGAUUCGGCUGCGCGAGGUGUACAAGAUCCUCGAAUACGUGGACGCGUACAAGCACGCGCACGGGCUGCACGCGCUGCCCAUCCUGCUCGCCGGCGACCUGAACGGCCCUUUGGACGGCGAGGUGUGUCGCUUCCUGCGGUCGCAGGGCUUCGUAUCGUGCUAUGACAGUGUGCAGAGCGGCGACGACACCGACAGUAAUUGGGUGUCGCACCGCAACCACCGGGGCGAGGAGGUGGGGGUGGACUUCGUGUGGCUGCUCAACCCCUCCCAGCAGCUCCAUGGCCCGCUUACCGCCGACUGGAAGGCCGCUGUCUUUCGCAUGAUCAAGGCGAAGCUGAUAGAGGCGGGGAUAACAGAGGAGCGGCAGGCGUUCGAGUUCUUCCAGUCGGCCGGCACACACUCAGCCGGACAUCAGCACCAGCAGCAGCAUCAGCACCAGCAGCAGCAUCAGCACCAGCAGCAGCAGCAGCAGCAGCAUGGGGAGCAGGAUCGCCACGACUGCAUCACCCCAGAGGAAUUUGCAUACGCCAUGGACGAGUCUUCUCCUCCCCCUCCACUCCCCCAUUCCACCCCCUCCCUCUCUUCCCCGCCACCCUUCCCCCACCCCUCCCGCUCCGUCUCCCUGCCUCAGCUGGGUCUAACGGGCGAGGACAGUGUGGGGCUGACGAGGGAGGAGAUUCGUGAGCUGGUGCAGCGGGCGGACACGAGUGGGAGCGGGGCAGUGGACUACGAGGCGUUCAAGGGGCUGCUGCGCACCGAGUCCAUGGAGGACACCUUCGCUCGCAUCUGCAAGGCCACUGGGAUUCACGAGCAGCCGUGGCUUCAGCCCAGGCAGCAGCAGCAGCAGCAGCAGCAGCAGCAAUGGGAGCAACAGGAGCAGCAGCAGCCGAGGCAGGAGGUUUGGCAGAUGUGGCAGGAGCAGCAGGAUUUGCAGGGGCCGUUUGAUGAAGCUGUGGAGCUGCAGCCGCAGCAGCAGCAUGAGAGCAGGUGUCCACUGAAGCGAGGCGUGCAGGCAUUGCAGCAAGGCAUCACGAUGGACGCCCUCUUCCACGGCUCAGCUCCCAUUGCUGCUGGCAGUCCCCUUUCCUCCCCUGGCAAUGCUGCAGCAGUCUCUGGAAUGCCACAGCAGCGAUUAUCACAGUCGUCGUCCUCAUUCCCCAUGUCGCUUGGACGGCAUGGGCCCAUGGUGCUCGCAGCAGGCGCUGUUGCUGCCGCGUCUGCUGCUACGGUCGCAGCCACUGCUGCUACCGCUGCCAUUGGCGAGAAGAAAGGCCUAUUGGAGGAAUGCCGAAGCUGCACCUGCGACAGCUUGGACUGUGAAGAGUGUGGUUACAACCCCAAGCGACGGGGGCAACAAGGGCAGCAAACGCAACAGCAGCAGCAACCGCAGCCGCAGCAGGAGGAAGUAGGGAGUGGUUUUGAAACGCGUGAGCUGGCAGUGCAAGCAGCGGAGUUGUUCCCUCCUGAGAUGCAGCAGGGCACGUGGCCGUCAGACUACGACCUGUCGGACCAUGCUGCUGUCACUGCUGUGCUGCGCGUGCUGUGA